AUGCCUUUCUGCUUCCUCAUGAUGCGAUUAUUAUUUAUUCUUCCGGAUGGAUGGGAAUCUAUGGAGUUUCAUGUUGAAUCGAACCAAGAGCACUCAAGACCGGCAACUCCGGCUGACGUUGAAGAGUUAAAGCUUGGAAAGGUUGACAAAAACCUAAUUGAUCAUGCGGGAUCUAACAACUUUUAUUCUCGUUCGCAUAGUCCCAAUUGGUAUAGAGGUGUGAUUUCAUUUCUCCUCGAAACUGACCAAGGAUGCUGUGUUUCUGUUAUGGCUAAACGAGCGGCACUAACCUGCGCACAUUGUCUUGACGAUAACGUUAGUAUCGGUGACUAUGUCGAGGUUAAACCAUGCAAAGGGAGUUUAUUAAAAAACUUUCCUAAUGGACAAACUUCGACGACACUUAAGGUUGCAUAUAUCAAUAAGCACAGCGACUUUGUCUUUCUUCUUUCAAAAAUCGAUCUAUGUGAUGAUCCUCCUUUUCCGACCAGUGCAACAUUUGGGGAAGAUUACGUCUUGAUUGGGUUAAUUGCUCAAGAUCGGCAGUAUACAAGGAUGGAAAAUUUGAGGAUUAAGAUGGUUGAUGGUCCGCUUUGUGUGAAAAAGGGUGUUAUUUCUUCGAAAGUUAUGGAUAAAUAUAACAAACACAUGGGUGACAGUGGAAUGAAAAAGGGCGAUAGCGGAGGCGGAUUGUAUACUCUUUAUGGUGAUUUCGUCGGAAUUGCUGUGGAAUUCGACGCCAAAGUAAAAGAAGGAAUCUCGAUGUGUCAUUUCAAUACCGUUACAGUCAUGCUUGGUAUUAUUCAAGAUGAGGGGUACGCUUGGUCUGAUUUGAACAAUUUCGAAGAAAAUGAUUAUCCAAGGAAGAAGGAAUUUCGUCCAGCAGAAGGACGUGGACAUUAA